CAGAACUUGGAGAGCUUAAUUUAUUUUAUUGCUCAACAUAUCGGUUUAUACCAGAUGUACCAAAUUCCUGUUUAUCUAGAAAUCAUUACAUUACAAUAAAUAAAAUGAAUCGUUAUUCAACAAUCUACAGUUCAAGUUAUCGUCCUUUUGAUGAAAAUCGACGAACAAAUGUGAUUAAUAAAGCUACCAUUCCCCCUCCGCCUCAGUCAUCCACAAUUUUACCACAUCAAAAUAUGAAUGGCACAAGCCUGUCAUAUGUAGGUCAAACGUGGGCUUCCGAUUCCAAUAAUCAUUCAACUAUUACAACUGGCACAAGUAAUACAAAUUACACCCACGCCUCCCCAUAUAUUACUUGUAUUAAUAAUCGUUUAGUAAAUAACAGUACAACAAAUCAGACAGCAAAUAGUCUAAGUUUACGUCGUAAUAUGUGGGAUGAUUGUGAACCACCAAUUGGUGAUAAGCAAAGAUCAAAACUGUUAGAAUUUUAUAAUUCUGAUUUACCUGUUAGUAAUUUAUUAAAGACCAAUGAAAUUAAAAAAGAUGACUACACCAACACACCCAAACGUAAUUUUAGUAGCACAUAUACCACAGUAGUAUCGGAUAAAUUAAAUCCCUGUUCAGUGAUUUCUGCUGCUGGUGCUUACGAGAAUAAUCGUGAUAAACAAACUACAUCUAACACUAUAACAAACACUACACAAACAGUGCAAAGUAAUUCAUCUUAUUGUCAAACAAGAUCAAAAACACCGUCAGUCACUCCAAUAUUGUUUAAUUCGUCAGAUAAAUCACAAAAAAGUUGUGAUACACUUCCUAAAUCAGGAAAUAAUAAUUCUGCUAUUGGGAAUCGAAAUACUACUGUCACUCCACUUAUACCAUACAAUACUGUCUGUCAAAUAGAUUUUAUGCAAAUGUUCAGUCAAAUUGCACGCAUCAAUAAUCAUCUGUUUCUGAGUAGUUUAAAUGCUAUCACACCGGACAGAUUACGUCAACAUGGUAUUACAUUGUUAGUAUCUGCAAUGAUUGAUUCUCCACCGGUUCAUAUUCGUAAUGCUGUGAUGAAUACUAUUCAUGUCCCCGUUGAAGAUAUAGAAAGUGCAAAUUUACGUGUUCACUUUGAUAGAGUAUCUGAUCGAAUAGCUGCUGAAAAUCGGCGUGGUGGUAAAACGUUAAUACAUUGUAUGGCAGGUGUUUCACGUUCCAGUACACUUGUAUUAGCUUAUUUAAUGCGCCACACGAAUAUGAGUCUUGCUGAUGCUUAUCAACACGUGCGCAGUAUAAGACCAUGUAUUCAGCCAAAUCCCGGUUUUUGGCGACAAUUAUUAGAAUAUGAAGAAAAACUACGCGGUAGUCGUUCGAUUCGUCUACUUCCAUCGCUUACUUAUAGUGGAACAUCAAAUGUGAAUUAUAAUACAAAUCGAUUAUACACGAAUAGUCCAAGGAAUAUCAUUGGCGGGUCAUCGUAUUCCGAUAUGUUUUCUAGAACACCGAAUGAUUUAUUACCAAAUAAAUCAUUCACUUCAUUGUAUCCUAUGGAGAUAAUCAGUUGUCGUCAACCUCUUAGUUAAUUAAAUUGUGGAAAUGAAACAAUAUUUUAUGGGUUUUACAGUGACUAAAUAAAUUGCAUAUUGUGUUACAAAGCAUUUAAACUGAUAUUCUAUAGAGAUAUUCAUAUAUCGGAACAAACUCAUUCGUUUUUUCUGCUUCAAACAUUUAAAAUUAUUCCACAUACGUAUACCGCUUUUCUCAAAAAUCUUACAUUUUGAGAAAAGUAGAAAACCAUUUGAUUUAUUCACUAUUAGUUUUAGUUUAUAUUAGUAUCAAAUUUCACUGAUGACCUUAUAUUCAUAUUAAACAUACACAGACACACAUCUGUGCAUAUAUAUAU